CCAAGUCCCAACUUCCUAAGAAGUCCUAAACGAAGAGAGAUGUGACCUUGUGAAGACUGUGAGAACUUGAGACGACACAACAACAAAAGAGAGAAAGGAGGACUGAAGUAAACAAAAUACAUAGACCGCCCGCCUAAGUAAUUUUUUUUUUAAAGAUAUUCGGAAUUCCCGACAGUGCACAUCAUAUACGCCACAUAUUUGAACACCUGAGUGCUUCCAUACUUACAACGACUUCUUUAGUCGCGUAAGUGCUGCAACUAUUUAAUUCAUUCCAUCGAAGAAUGCAGGCUGUACUUCAACGUGCCACCCUCAGCAGGCACGGCUACGCACUCAGAUGUGCAUAUACAACGAGGGCUGCCGCAGCAACAGGUGCGUCGCAUGCACUCCCAUUGUUUGACAAUGUCAAGCUCGAACGCAGUGGCAAAGGCACCACUGUGCUCACAAUGUGUCGCGGACCAGUGAACUCGCUAAAUAUGGAGCUGUUACAAGAUAUUGAUAAUGCGAUUAAGGCGGCUGAAAAGGACAGCGAAACUAAGGCAUUGGUGAUCACCUCACACAGUCCCAAAGUGUUCUGCGCUGGAAUUGAUUUAUCCGAGAUGUACAGACCUAACCCUGAAAGGCUCCCCAAGUUCUGGAAGUCACUACAACAGAUGUGGUUGACACUGUACGGUACGCGUCUGCCAGUCAUUGCGGCCAUCACAGGCAGUGCUCCAGCGGGUGGCUGUCUCAUAGCCAUGGGCGCCGACUACCGUAUCAUGAGUGAAGGCAAAACAACCAUUGGUCUGAACGAAGCCGAGAUAGGCAUAACGCUGCCCGACUUCUUCCUGCAGCCAAUGAUCUCUCUUGUUGGGCCUCGACAGACUGAGCUCUUGACUACAUUGGGUAUACUUCUGGAUACGAAGGAGGCCCUCAAGAUUGGAUUGAUUGACGAGGUUGUUGCAAACGAUCAAGUACUACCCCGUGCGCUCGAGCAAUCUGUGGCAUUCGGUGACGUCAUCGAUAGUGCCAGGGCGGAUACCAAACUUCAAAUCCGUAAGCCAAUACUCGAUAGACACCGGAACACUUUGGACGAGGACAUACAGAAGUUCCUGAAGGCUGUGAAUUCCGAGACAACGCAGCAGAUGUUUGACAACUACCUGGCGAAGCUACAGGCACGGAAGAAGAAAUGAGUGCGAAAUGGUCACACGCGCUCUUUGGCAAUAGACAUGGUCUACACGGAGAUACAAACAUGGGAGUGGAGUGUGUGGAAUCGCCAGGGGACGGAGCCAUUGGAAGAGAACGAAAAUUAUAUUGAUAACGGCUUGAACGCUAGUAUGCAGUUGAUAUCUAGAAAGGACGGAACAGAUGGACUAGGAAUAAUAAACCAAGUUAAUCGACGAGUUUGUUGGCUCAACACUUCUCAGACAGUUACAAUCUCUUCUACUUUAAGAAGUUUAGGGAUGGCAACGUAUCCACUAGUGAAUGGUGCACCGUCCGUACAACAGGCAGUCUUAGAGGUAGCUUAUACAGGAAGUGGCAGGGACACAAGGCUCUAGAUUGGAAUCGCAUUAAAGGGUUAAUUGGCGAUUCACCUUACAUCCCAACGGUAUUUACUACGAACAUACUGCAGUCCGUAUCCGUUGAUUUCGGUACCUGCCUCGUUGAUGACUAUUCGCUUUUUUAAUUGUAUGAAAUAUAUUUAGGUCUAAUCGAUAAAUCGCAGCAGGCUAGUUGCCCCGGUCUUUAC